ACUUCCCCUCACUUCAUUUUUUGGGUGUAGAAGAACAAAGUAUUUAAGGAAUUCAAAAUUGUUGGUGAGAAACGGAUCGAGUCAGGAUAAUGGAACAACUUGUAGACCUGGGAGAUCCCUAUCUGUAUAUGGUUGCCAUACCGGCUGAACUUCGCCUGCACUGGAACUACAUCGUUGACUUUCUAAGCCCACAAGAAAUUGGCCAACAAAACAACGAGCCAAAUGUGGAAGUGGUGCCCCUCUCAGAAUGGCAGCCCAGAGAAGAAACCACGGACUUCGAAGUGGUGCCCCUGCCCCAAGAACCGAGCAUUGACCUAUCUGCUGCUGGCGAUGGACAUCACGUCAUUCCGCGGAUCGCCGAUAACGAGAGGCCGGCUGUGAUCAUCUUUCGGCCCAACAGAAAGGCAAUACCCUGGUUGAGUUGGAAGCGCCUGAUGCCGGUGGUCAUUGCGAUCUCAAGUAUUCUCUUCAAGAAGAUACUGUCCCUUUUUGGCAUCGAGUUGAAUCAAGUCUUUGCCCUCAGCCUAUCAUUCAAUGCCCAUUUAGCCAUAUUUCAGUGCUUUCUCGAAUGUCUUGCAAGCAGCUUAUAAUGUUUUGAAUUUAACUGUGUUUUAAAGUGUGCGUUAAAGUAAAAAUGGCAUAACUUUUAA